ACGACUGAUCCCAGAGCAGCUGCUCCCACCUGCACAGGUGAGGCCAGGUGGGAACACACCUGAGAGCCGUUAGCAAUAAAGCUCAGCCCGAGCUGCGUUGCUCAGAACACAACACGACGAGAGAGAAGAGAAAACAGGUCAUGUUUCUCCACGAUGAACUCGGCCCGCAAACGCCUCAGACUCAGCCCCUCCAAGAGCGGCAGGACGCACCCCCCUGCCGCCACGACCCACGAUGCCUUGCUGCCCACCACAGAGGCGGAGGGGGCGUUGCAGGAGGAAGAGGAGGAGGAGGAGGAGGAGGGCUACCUGCUGGUGGAGGAGGACACCACCGACUCCAGCCUGGUUAUCACCAUGGAGGAGCCUCGGCCUGAGGGGAGGGGCAUGCGGAGGAGGGCGGGGCUGAAGAGGAAGAAGAAGCUGACGGAGGAAGAGGAGGAGGAGAGUGAGGAGGAGGAGGAGGAGGAGGCGGGGGUGGAGGUGGAGAUUGACAGGCAGCUGGACCAAUCACUGGAGACCAAGUCCAAGCAGCACAACCUGACCAGCGUCAACGUCAAGAACAUCAUCCAUGAAGUGAUCACCAACGAGCACGUGGUGGCCAUGAUGAAAGCCGCCAUCAACGAGACGGAGGCCGUGCCGCCCUUCGAGCCCAAGAUGACGCGCUCCAAGCUGAAGGAGGUGGUGGAGAAAGGAGUGGUCAUCCCAGCCUGGAGCAUCUCUCCCAUCAAGAAGAGCAGUGACAUGAACAAGGGUCCUCAGUUUGUGGACAUCCCUUUGGCUGAUGAAGACUCCUCUGAUGAAGAGUACCGGCCCGAUGAGGAAGACGAGGAUGAGACGGCUGAAGACACCUUCCAGGAGAGCGACAUGGAGAGCACGGCUUCGUCUCCCAGAGGAAGCCGGGUCUGCCGAGUGGACGAGGACAGCUGGAGCCCCUGGCAGAGUUCUCGGCAUCGCUCCAGGCGUCAGAGGGCGGGAUCUGUCUCCAUGGGCCCGCCCCCUCCUCCUCAAGCCCCACCCCCCAAAGCGGUGACUGACAGCACCUUCCUGGAGAAGCUCCAUGCGGUGGAGGAGGAGCUGGCGGUGUGUAUGGAGCCCUACCAGCCUCUGUCAGGGGACGACAUGGGUCUGAUGGCGUACCGCACCCGCUCCAAGCGUCCGCUCCGGGACGUCCCGCUGGGCCGGCUGGAGGCGGAGCUCCGAGCCCCGGACAUCACGCCCGACAUGUAUGACUCAGGCUCCGCCCACGAGGACAGGGAUUGGACCGAUUGGCUGAGAGGCCUGAUGAGCUCGGACGUGGAGAACGAAGAGGAGUGUGAUGAUGAAGACGACCCGGAGUAUAACUUCCUGGCCGACAUCGAUGAGCCGGACUUGGAGGAUUACCGUGACGACAAGGCUGUCCGCAUCACCAAGAAGGAAGUGAACGAGCUGAUGGAGGAGCUGUUUGAAACGUUAAAAGAGGACCUUGCAGGUCAGGACUUGGAUGAUGAAGGCCAUGAGGAAGAAGAGGAGCAGCAGGAGGAAACACAAGCUGUACACACACACAUACCACAGGAAACCAUUGUGUUUGCGAAGGCGGUGGAGGAGCCGGGGGCGGGGCCGGGGCCGGGGGCGGAGCUUCGUACGGUGCGGCAGCAGCUGGCGUGGCUGCAGAGACGCCAGCGGCCGAGUGUGUCGACGCAAACGCAGCAACACACUCCUGCAGAGAGUCCAGAGCCGUACACACUGAGGCUGGACGGCCGGCAGAAGGCCAGGCUGCAGCAACAGCUCCAGCAGCACGUCCAGCUGCUGGCGCAGAUCCACCUGCUGAGCCGCCCGGUGGCCCGCCUGCACGGCGAGGCCGAGACCACCCGCCAGUUCCUGUUUGAGUUGGACCUGUUGGCUCAGAGGGCGGAGCUUCUGGCGGCGGUCGACCGUCCCGGCUUCAGCAGCGCCUUCAGGGCCUCCAACCUGCAGGGGGCGCUGCAGCUGCUGGAGGAGCAGCAGCAGAACCCCGUCCCGUACCGGCCGCAGUACCACGAGCCCGACGGCCUGGGACGCGUGCGGCACUACCCGGUGAUGCCGGCCGAGCUGGCCUGGCUCUUCGCCACGCGGCCCGUGUUCCUGCACCCCGAGCUGCUGCCCUGCUGCAGCCUGGACCCGCAGCUCUACUGCCCCCGCAGGAGCUCCACCUUCACUGCAGCCGAGGACAGCCUGCUGGUGCUGGGCCUCAGGAACAUGGAGGGGGUGUGUGACCCGGCGAAGAUGGUGUCCCAGUUCCUGCUGAGGAAGACUCUGAUCCAGAUCCGACGAAGAAUCCUGCAGUGCUGCAGGCCAGGCACGCCAGACAACAUCAUCAAGGCCUACAGGUACCAGCGUGUGGUGUGGCCGAUGCCCCUGGCCUGUGGCCGUGUGGCCCCUGCAGACCAGCGCCCCCCGGUGGAGCGGGAGGAGCGUCUGCUGCCUGCGUGGCUGGCGAGGAGUCUUCCUGUCAUCGACGUGGCGGUCAGGCAGUUCAGCGACCCCUGUGGCCCCGCCCCCCGGCCCGUGGCGCCCGCCCCGCCCGGCCGCUCACGGCGCUGCAGCCGCUCUCUGCUCCGCUCCAACAGGAAGUGCAGCUUCGCCGCCGGGACGCGCUUCCCGCCGCGGCUGCCCGCCCGCCUGCAGCUGCAGCGCAUGGGCUUCGUCUUCGUCCAGCCGCCCGCCCCCGCCGCUGACCCCGCCCCCACAGCUGACCCCGCCCCCACCGCUGACCCUGACCACCACCCUGACCCCGCCCCUGACGACACCCAUGACCCCGCCUCCUCCUCUCGUCCUCCCGCUUCUCCUGCCCCUCCCGUUAGCUCCUCCUCCUCGGCGGCGGCUCCGCCUCCUGACCCCUCCGCCCCCCUCCUGCAGAUUACCCAGAAUCCUCCUCACGUUCUCCUCCACCGGCUCCUCCUGUCGCACGAUGGCUCUGUUACCAUGACGUCCACCAGGGAGCGAAUCAGCCGCCAUGCCCGGAUGUUUGCCACCCUGCGGAGGAGACCUUGGUUGCCAUGGUUACCGCCUCCUCCAGGGCCUGGUGAGAAGGCGAGCGACACGCCUCCUCCUCCUUCUCCUCCUCCUCAGCCCCCCCUCCCGUCUGAGGAUAAAUCCACUCAGACCAGAAGCCUGAGGAGGAGGAGGAGGAGGAGGAGGGGGGGCAGAGAGCAUGAAGGUGGCGGUGAUAAGGCCACGCCCCAUGAAGCUCCGCCCCCCUGCCAGCUGGAGGGAGUGACGCUGGUGGUGGUGAAGGAGGAGGAAGAGGAGGAAGAGGGAGGGGAGGAGGAGGAGGAGGAGGAGGAGGGGGGCGGGGACGUGCACAUGCCCCUCCUGGCGCUCUCCGAGUCGUCGCCGAGCGCGGCAGGAAGUGACAGGGAGGCGGAGCCACAGCAGGAAGUGACGCCGCCGCCGAGCAGGAGAGGAGGGGAGGAAGACGAUGAUGAAGAUGGAGGGACGUCAUCAGAGUCCACACUGUCUGUCCCCGAGCUGCAGGAGACCAUGGAGAAGCUGUCAUGGCUGGCCUCAGAGGGAACUGAGGAGGAGGAGGAGCCGACACGGCGUCACGACGACAAUGAUGAUGAUGAUAGUGAUGAAGGCUCUCACAGGGAGGUGGAGGAUCUGGCGUUCGCCCAGGAUUACCUGCACAGAGUGUGUGAUGCGGUGCAGGUGUCUCCCAGCAGGGCUGUCUGGCUGCUGCAGGUGUUGGAGCGCUUCUCGGUGGGCGGGGCUUGGCGUGGGCGGGGCUUGGCGUCUCUGUUUGGCGAGCUGAGCGGCGUGCUGCAGCCGUGGCCGCAGCUGCUGCGCGACUUCGCCGCCUUCCUGAGCGCCGAGCAGGCGGAGCUCUGCGGCCUGCUGGCGGAGCAGCAGCAGUUUGAACGCAGUCGGCGGUUCCUGCAACGGUUGGGGCGGAGCCUGGGGGAAGGCUCCUCCCACUACCAGGAGGUGGUGUCGGUGCUGCAGGGAAGCUCCGCCCCCGGGCCUCACGACAUAGAGAAGAUCUCUUUCCUUCUCAGAGACCACGCCCACCUGCGGGAGGAAUUCUGGGAGUUUUUCCAUCACCUGCACCUCCGGCCGUCGCCCGCGGCAACCGGGGCUGACAUCACAGACGCCGACUCCAUAUCCCACAAUCCCGAGCUGGCGCCGGAGGAGUCUGACAGCAGGACAGGAAGUGACGGAGAGGAGGAGGAAGAGGAGGGAGGGGGCGGAGCUUAUCAGCCAGUUUGUGCCAAAAACAUUUCACUGACCUCCACCGGCCAGAAGGUGGUGCUGUGGACCCGCGAGGCCGACCGGGCCAUCCUGACCGCCUGUCAGCAGCGAGGAGCCAAUCAGAGCACCUUCCAGCUCGUCUCCGCCCAGCUGGGCAACAAGACCGCCAGACAGGUCGGCAGUCGCUUCCUGGACCUCAUGCGUCUGUUCCGCUCCACUUCCUGUCCCGCAGACGGCCAGCCAAUCAGCAGGCAGGAGGCGGCGCCAGACUGAGCGGGGGCCAAUCACGUGAGCCUCUCCAGUAGACUCUUGUCCUAUCACAUCGUCAAACCCGCGACCUUCCGGUUAACGUAAGGCCCGCCCACUCUGCCGGUCUGCCAAUCAGACGUCCAGGAAGGCGAGCGCCGGUCUGUUUCACCUGCUUCUAGAACCGCCUGGAACCGGUUGGGGAACCGCAGGACUGCCUGGACUCUGCAGAGCGACCCUGCUUUUCACCCAGAAUCUCCUCAGAACCUCAUGAGAACCUCCUCAGAACCUCAUGAGAACGUCCUCAGAACCUCAUGAGAACCUCCACAGAACCUCAUGAGAACCUCCUCAGAACCUCAUGAGAACGUCCUCAGAACCUCAUGAGAACCUCCUCAGAACCUCAUGAGAACGUGGUGAAGCUCUGCGGGGGUUCCUCGCGGCGUCUCUGGAGCACAGUGCAGGAGGUUCUGCAGCAUGUGUCAAGGUUCCACAGAGGUCAUUAGAACAGUCUAGAACCCAACGCGGUGACUUGUUCCCAGAAUUCAGCAGUGAGAUGAUCCGUCAGAGAUCAUCGGCCCGUCUGCGGUUCCUCAGGAAGGUUCUGGAGGUUCUCUGACUCCAGAACUCUCAGCACAUGUUCUUUUAGAAUUCAUGACAGUGCUUUGUUUGUUGUUGUUUUCUUUAUAAAGCACAUUAGAAGGUUCCAGAAUUUCACGGUCUGAGAGGGUUCCACGGUCUGUCUAGAGUUUUAUAGCUGUGACUCACACACACACACACACACACACACACACACACACACACACACACAGAACAGUUUGGUUUGUGUGUCCAGACUGGAGGUGAUUCACUGAAGUAUCGCGAUUCUUUUUUUAUGCUAUAUUUAAUCGUUUUUUUAUUACUGAACUGAUUUAAAGUAAAGAACAACUGAUAGAAACUUGAUGUUCUGAGGAAGCUGAGCCGCGUCUGAUUCUCGUGUGACGAUGUUAGAACCACAGCCUCGUCAGACUCUACAGACACAAACCAGAGGAGGCUUCAGAAACAAACACACAGGAAAUCAGAAAAUCGAGUCGCAGUUCUUGUAGAAUCUCAGCAGAAUGGGGACGGCACCGGAUCAGGAGAUCAACACGACGCCUCCCAGGUUUUUUGUUGGAAAAAAAAAAAAAAAAAAAACUUUGUUGUGUAACCAGGAGCUCAG